AUGACCAGCGCCUGCUUCGUCCUCAUCAGCGCCACCUUCUGUCUGUCUGCUGUUCUCUCCUGCUGUGACGAGUCGCUCGAGAAGCGUUCUGUACACACACACAUCAUCAAAACGCAACAGGAGAAACACCUGAUUGAGGCUCUACAGGCAGUUCUUGAGAAAUUAAAGAACAAGCAGCUUCCAAACACCACCAAGAAGUUCGGCCAGCUUCCUUCUUGUGAUGCGGGUGAGCAGUGUGCAGCACGUAAGGGGGCGAGGGUGGGCAAAUUGUGCGGCUGCCCCCCCGGGACCACCUGCGACUUCUUUAUCAUGAAGUGCCUCUGA